AUGGCGAUCGAAAUAGAGUCAGCUGAUGUUGUCCGUCUUAUUCAACAAUACCUGAAGGAAAACAAUUUACAUCGCACAUUAGCGGUAUUACAAGAAGAAACCAGUAUAUCUUUGAAUACUGUGGAUAGUGUAGAUGGAUUUGUAUCCGACAUAAAUAAUGGUCAUUGGGACACUGUACUCCAGGCUAUUCAGUCACUAAAACUUCCAGAUAAAACACUUAUAGAUCUCUAUGAACAGAUUGUAUUAGAACUUAUUGAACUGAGAGAACUGGGAGCAGCGCGUUCAUUGCUCAGACAAACAGAUCCUAUGAUAAUGUUAAAACAACAACAACCAGACAGAUAUGUACACCUUGAAAAUCUGCUGGCAAGGUCGUAUUUUGAUCCCAGAGAGGCCUACCCUGAUGGAAGCAGUAAAGAACGAAGGCGAGCAGCCAUUGCACAUGCCCUGUCUGGUGAGGUUAGUGUGGUACCACCAUCACGUCUAUUAGCGCUGUUGGGACAGGCAUUGAAAUGGCAACAACAUCAAGGUCUCUUGCCUCCUGGUACAAAUAUUGAUUUGUUUCGUGGUAAAGCAGCUGUUAAAGAUGAAGAUGAAGAAAAGUACCCAACACAACUGAGCAAAACUAUCAAGUUUGGACAAAAAUCUCACGUGGAAUGUUCAGCGUUUUCAAUGGAUGGUCAGUAUCUAGUUACCGGCAGUGUUGAUGGAUUUACCGAAGUGUGGAAUUUUACAACCGGAAAAAUCAGGAAAGAUCUCAAGUACCAAGCACAGGAUAAUUUUAUGUUGAUGGAUGAUGCUGUUCUCUGCGUAUCUUUCAGCAGAGACAGUGAAAUGCUGGCGACUGGUGGUCAGGACGGAAAAAUAAAGUUCAGAGUGCAUGGUUUGAAAUCUGGGAAGACGUUAAAGGAAUUCCGUGGCCACACAUCAUUUGUUAAUGACGCUAUGUUCACACCAGAUGGGCAUUUCAUUAUCAGUGCUUCAUCGGAUGGUACUGUCAAAGUGUGGAAUGUAAAGAGCACAGAAUGUACAAAUACUUUCAAAUCACUGGGAGGAACAUCAACGGCUGACAUCACUGUCAACAGUGUACAUCCAGUACCUCGAAACACAGAACAGUUUGUUGUCUGUAAUCGGAGUAACACUGUUGUUAUUAUGAAUAUGCAAGGCCAGAUUGUUCGUAGUUUCAGUUCUGGUAAACGUGAAGGUGGCGACUUUGUAUGUGCUACUAUCUCACCUCGUGGUGAAUGGAUCUACUGUGUAGGAGAAGAUCUGGUGCUCUACUGCUUCUCAACAAACACUGGCAAAUUGGAAAGAACCCUCAAUGUUCAUGACAAAGAUGUUAUUGGUAUUGUACAUCAUCCACACAACAACCUGAUUGCAACAUACAGUGAAGAUGGUCUACUGAAACUCUGGAAGCCUUAGCACAAGACAUCUUGUAAAACUGCCACAGAUUAUCAUCAAGUACCGGUACUAAACAAGGACUGCCAAGAGAAGUGCUUGACAUCAUGUUAUCUGCCUUAUCUCAGAUCAUGGAAUUUUGCAACUGAUCUGAUUGGCUGCUUUCUCAAUUUUAUAAAACCUAUCCACUUUAAUUUAAGUUCUGUCCAAAAAUGUCUAAAAAAAAACAAUAACUUUUGCAUAAGAGAAUGAAACUGCAGAAUUUGGUUUUCCACAGCAAGAAUUUUGCUUUAUUUGCUGCCACCCCAAGAUAUCUUGUUAUCAUCACAGCUAUAUCCCCAACAUUUUAUUAGUUCAAUGACUUUUGACAGUGACUAGUCAUUGACCGUUCCUUCCUUGCAGUGAAAUGAAGUUGGAAUUGCUAUAUAUUUCACAGCAAAAGCUUCAAAUUGACUGUUUGUUCAUGUUCACUUUUCUCCAUGCCAAGGCCCUGUGUUUCAGUUUAUUUAAACUGAAGCCUACAAAGAAUAACAUAUUUGUCUGUCUGUUCAUUUGUAAGAAGCGAAAAAAAUGCAGAUUUUCUUGUUUUCAGGCCACAAGAUUUUUGAAUAUUUAAAAUAUACCAUUAUGUUGUAUAUGUAAUCAUGUUUCACAAUGAUUGUUAUUACGGUCAACAUGGAUUUCACUUGGAUGUAGACAUUUUUAGUCAAAUAAUAAACUUAAUGAUUAUAUU